CGGGCUCAUUCAGCGGUCGGGAGCUGCCCGCGAGGGGGAGCGGCCGGGCGGCUAGCGCGACUCGUCCCGGGGGUGGGGCCGGCGCGGUGGCCAGAGGAGACGAAGGUGGCCGCGGCGGCGGCGGCGGCGGCAGCAGCAGCGCGGCAGCCUCGAACCCGGCCCGGAGCGCAGCGCGGCCGCCGCGGCUCCCGCUCCCCCUCCCGGUGCGUCUGCCCAUGGCGGCCGCGGGGCAGCUGUGGCUGCUUUACCUGUCGGCGGGGCUCCUGCCCCGGCUCGGCGCCGCCUUCAAUUUGGACACCCGCGAGGACAAUGUGAUCCGGAAAACGGGGGACCCCGGGAGCCUCUUCGGCUUCUCGCUGGCCAUGCACCGGCAGCUGGAGCCCGAGGACAGGCGGCUGUUGCUCGUGGGGGCCCCUCGGGCGGUGGCCCUUCCACUGCAGAGGGCCAACAGAACAGGCGGCUUGUACAGCUGUGACAUCACCUCCCCCGGGCCUUGCACACGGAUUGAAUUUGAUAACGACGCUGACCCUUCAUCAGAAAGCAAGGAAGAUCAGUGGAUGGGGGUCACCGUGCAGAGCCAAGGUCCAGGGGGCAAAGUUGUGACAUGUGCUCACCGAUAUGAAAAAAGGCAACAUGUCAAUACGAAGCAGGAAUCCCGAGAUAUCUUUGGAAGGUGCUACGUCCUGAGUCAGAAUCUGAGGAUUGAGGAUGACAUGGAUGGAGGAGACUGGAGUUUUUGUGAUGGCCGAUUGAGAGGCCAUGAAAAAUUUGGUUCUUGCCAGCAAGGAGUAGCAGCUACUUUUACUAAAGACUUUCAUUACAUUGUGUUUGGAGCCCCGGGCACUUAUAACUGGAAAGGCAUCGUUCGCGUAGAGCAAAAGAAUAACACUUUUUUUGACAUGAACAUCUUUGAAGAUGGGCCUUAUGAAGUUGGUGGAGAGACUGACCAUGACGAAAGUCUGGUUCCUGUUCCCGCUAACAGUUACUUAGGCCUGCUGUUUUUGACCAGCGUUUCCUACACAGAUCCUGAUCAGUUUGUUUAUAAAACACAGCCUCCCAGGGAGCAGCCCGGCACAUCCCCUGAUGUGAUGAUGAAUAGCUACCUAGGCUUUUCUCUGGACUCAGGAAAAGGUAUUGUUUCUAAAGAUGAGCUCACUUUCGUGUCUGGCGCUCCAAGAGCCAAUCACAGUGGAGCUGUGGUUUUGCUAAAAAGGGACACGAAGUCUGCACAUCUCCUCCCUGAGUACAUCUUUGAUGGGGAAGGUCUGGCUUCUUCCUUCGGUUAUGACGUGGCAGUGGCGGACCUUAAUGGUGAUGGGUGGCAAGAUAUAAUUAUUGGAGCCCCACAGUAUUUUGAUAGAGAUGGAGAAGUUGGAGGUGCCGUGUAUGUUUACAUUAACCAGCAAGGCAGGUGGAAUAAAGUCAAGCCAAUUCGUCUUAACGGAACCAAAGAUUCUAUGUUUGGCAUUGCAGUAAAAAAUAUCGGCGAUAUUAAUCAAGAUGGCUACCCAGAUAUUGCAGUUGGAGCUCCCUAUGAUGAUAAGGGAAAGGUUUUUAUCUAUCACGGAUCCCCGAAUGGAAUAAAUACCAAGCCAACACAGAUUCUUGAGGGUAAAUCCCCUUAUUUUGGAUAUUCAAUUGCUGGAAAUAUGGACCUUGAUAGAAAUUCCUACCCUGAUGUUGCUGUUGGUUCCCUCUCAGACUCAGUAGCUGUGUUCAGAUCCCGGCCUGUGAUUAAUAUUCAGAAAACGGUCACCGUGACACCAAGCACGAUUGAUCUCCGCCAGAAAACAUUCUGUGGGGCGCCCAGCGGGAUAUGCCUCAAGGUGAAGGCCUGUUUUGAAUACACUGCCAAACCCACAGGUUACAAUCCUUCGAUAACCAUUUUGGGCACACUCGAGGCUGAAAAGGAGAGAAGGAAAUCUGGGCUGUCAUCAAGAGUUCACUUUCGAAACCAAGGCUCUGAGCCCAAGUAUACGCAAGAGCUAACUCUGACCAGGCAGAAGCAGAAGGAGUGCAUGGAGGAGACCCUCUGGCUCCAGGAAAAUAUCCGAGAUAAACUGCGGCCCAUUCCCGUAACUGCUUCAGUAGAGAUCCAAGAGCCAAACACGCGGAGGAGAGUGAACUCACUUCCAGAGAUUCUUCCCAUUCUGAAUUCAAACGAACCCAAGACAGUUCAGAGAGAUGUGCACUUCUUAAAAGAGGGAUGUGGAGACGACAAUGUAUGUAACAGCAACCUUAAACUAGAAUAUAAGUUUUGUACCCGAGAAGGAAAUCAAGACAAGUUUUCUUACUUACCAGUUCGGAAAGGUGUACCAGAACUAGUUCUGAAAGACCAGAAGGACAUUGCUUUAGAAAUAACAGUGACCAACGGCCCUUCCGAUCCAAGGGCGCCCGCGAAGGACGGAGAUGACGCUCACGAGGCCAAGCUCGUGGCAGCUUUUCCCGACACUCUCACUUACUCGGCGUACCGGGAACUGCGGGCCUUCCCCGAGAAGCAGCUGAGUUGUGUUGCCAAUCAGAACGGCUCGCAAGCGGACUGUGAGCUUGGAAAUCCUUUCAAAAGAAAUUCCAGUGUGACUUUUUAUCUGAUUUUAAGUACAACUGAGGUCACCUUUGACACCACAGAUCUGGAUAUUAAUAUGCAGUUGGAAACAACAAGCAAUCAAGAUAAUUUGGCUUCAAUUACAGCUACAGCAAAAGUGGUUAUUGAACUGCUUUUAUCGGUCUCUGGAGUUGCUAAACCUUCCCAGGUGUAUUUUGGAGGUACAGUUGUUGGUGAGCAAGCUAUGAAAUCUGAAGAUGAGGUGGGAAGUUUAAUAGAGUAUGAGUUCAGGGUAAUUAACUUGGGUAAACCUCUUAAAAACCUUGGCACAGCAACUUUGAAUAUCCAGUGGCCAAAAGAAAUUAGCAACGGCAAAUGGUUGCUUUAUUUGGUGAAAGUAGAAUCCAAAGGAUUGGAAAACAUAGCUUGUGAGCCACGAAGUGAAAUAAACUUCCUGAACCUAAAGGAGUCUCACAGCUCAAGAAGGAAACGGGAAAUUGCUGAAAAACAGAUAGAUGAGAGCGGAAAAUUUUCUUUAUUUGCUGAAAGAAAAUAUCAGACUCUUAACUGCAGCAUGAACGUGAACUGCGUGAACAUAAGCUGCCCGCUGCGAGGGCUGGACAGCAAGGCCUCCAUCGUUCUGCGCUCGAGGUUAUGGAAUAGCACGUUUCUAGAGGAAUAUUCCAAAAUGAACUACUUGGACAUUCUCACGCGGGCUUCCAUUGAUGUAGCUGCCACAGCCGAGAACAUCAAGCUGCCAAACGCAGGCACUCAGAUUCGUGUGACUGUGUUUCCCUCAAAGACCAUAGCUCAGUAUUCAGGAGUACCUUGGUGGAUCAUCUUAGUGGCUAUACUCGCUGGGAUUUUGAUGCUUGCUCUCUUAGUGUUUUUACUAUGGAAGUGCGGAUUCUUUAAACGCUCUAGGUACGACGAUAGCGUUCCCCGCUACCAUGCUGUGAGGAUCCGGAAGGAAGAGCGGGAGAUCAAAGAUGAAAAAUACAUCGAUAACCUUGAAAAAAAACAGUGGAUCACAAGGUGGAAUGAAAAUGAAAGCUACUCUUAAAAGGGGCCCAGAAAAGCUUCACAGUACCCAAACUGCUUUCCCCCCACUAACUCAGAAAUCUAAGUGGACUGACAAGCCUGCUCCAUACCUGAAUAUUACUUUCAGACAGACUACGCACGGUCCGAACUUACAGCUUUCACCGUGGAUGCUGUCGUGUAGCCUGAGGCUCCCUGGGCUUGCACAGCCGCAUUUAAGACUGUUGGAGUGGAGUUUGCUUUAACUGCCUUCAUUUAACUUUCCGGGUUGCCUUUGUUUUCGGUGUGGCUGCUUGGCAUGUGCCAGGGCCGGCCGUCCUCAGUGGCUCAGCCUCUGCACCCCUUCUUCCCCUAGGCCCGGGCCGUCGGGGUGGCUGCAUUUCAAUGCCGAGUGCUCUCUGAAGUGAAAUGUGCAAUAGGGGAUGUGGCCAUCCUGCCGUCUUUUCCCAGACGUGUGAAUCCUCCUCACACCACACAACAUCCUGGUCUCACCCUUCCCGUUCACUAAAACACACGGCUGCAACAGACUUGAAUGCUAGGUAUACUUACUUGUAUAUGGUAUUUAUUUUUUUCUUUUUUACAAACCAUUUUGUUACUGACAGGCCAAAGAUUCUCCAGUUUACCCUUCCAGUUGGAUUAAACAAUCAGAAUGUGGUUUGAAUUUAGUGCACACACACACACAAAUCCUUUAUAAGUUAUUACAUCUCCCUUCAUGACAGCCCUCACCCCGUUUCUCCAGACCCGGACUGUUUCAGAAAUAGGAUUUAACUGUAAGAUGUUUAAUUCUUAUCAGACAGUGCAUAUUUUUGAGUGAGAUCUGCAUAUUUUGUGCUGUAACUUUCAGGAUCUCUCAGAAAUGAGGGGUUGGUUUGUUGAACUUUGGCACAGUGUAGGCCCUGCUGCAAAUACUGAAAGAAAGGGCUGGUGCCUACGGUGGGUCCAAAUGGAUCCAGCGUGAGACUACUGAGUAUCUGAUACCAGAAGUCAGAACAUCAUGGCUUUUACGUUUUUAAAUGUUACUGGAAUCAUUUAAUCAGUGAGUCAGUGUUCUGGUUUUUGCUUUGUUUCCUCCUACGCUAUAUUCCCCAAAAUUACUUUGGGACUGCGCUACCAUUUUAAAUGUAAAAAUUAAGUGGCAGAGGAGGAAAACAUUUCUACACAUUCAAGAGACAUUGAAUAGAUAGGAAAUCUGAAUUUUUAAAAAUUUACUUCAAAAUGUUAUAUGGGGCAUAACAGCAAACAGGUGCUAAUUUGUUUGGAUCUAGUAUAAGCAGCAUCUCAAUCUUUCAGGACAAAAUACAGCUGUAUGCUUGGUUUGUUUUCUUUCCAGAAAUCGUAUGCCCUUAAGAUACUAAGGACAUUAUUCUCAUUGUACCUUGGAAUUUUCAUUCACAAAGAUAGUUUUAGAAACAAUACUUUGUUUACAAAAAUGUCUCUAAGACAGGUCAUACCAGUGUUGACAUCUCCGUUUCUUGCUUAGGUAGGUAACUUGUAACCGAAUGCACAGGCUUUAUGGGUUGCCAAGCAGCUGAUAUUUUGAAAGUGUGUAUAGACCUUUGUUGUUAAAAAAAAAAAAAAAAAAAGUCCUAAAAGGGAGGGAGGAGGUGGAGGGCUGGUUCAACAACAAAGAAUGUAAUGGUGUUUGUUAAAAACGUCAUCUCAAGUCAAGUCACUGGUCUGUUUGCAUUUGAUACAUUUUAAUACUAACUAGCACUGUAAAAUUAUGAUUAGAAAAUACCUGUGGAUAUUUGUAUAAAAGUGUGAAAUAAAUUUUUUUAUGAAAGUGUUCAUUGCUUAGUAACACAACAUAUGUGAAACAAACUCUAAAAUUAUAAAAAACCUGAAUUGCUUUUUUUAUUUUAUGGAGCCAAACUCAAGUUUUUGGUAUUUUCUGUGAUUGAGGGUUCUUUUUUUUCCCCUUUGGGCUCUAUUACAGUUGAUGUCAAAAGAAAAUGAUCUUAAAGAUGGUUUUAUACGUACAAACUGGGAGAUGUCAUUUAGCAAUGAUACCAUGGCGUGAAGAGUAACAGUUCUUAUGGCAAAGUUGCUUUCUUCUGAGAAGAUAUUUUGGAUGUGAGCGCAGUUCGGCUGUGACAUUAUUGAUCGCCAAAGACUGAUUUGGCAGAACUGACUGGCCUGAAAAUAUUUUCUUCACCAAAGGAUUUUGUUUAGAUUUAAGCAAUUUUAUGAGCUUUCUCUAGCUGGAUUAUCACAAUCUAAUAACUGAAAAUAAGGCAUGUAUAUAGAGCUCAGAUAAUAUAGCAUGCCCUAUCUUGAAUAAAUUUCCAAUGCAAAAUG